UGCAGUAUACGACCAGGUAAGGACAAAUAGGAAAGAAGACAUUUUCCUACCUGUUUGAAUCCUGAUAAGAUAGUGGUAACUGAAGUCUGUACAUCUGGCAGUAAGUGGAGUUGUGAUCCCAUACACUGUGAGACACCAAAGAGGACUUGUCACAAAUAUCUUUAUAUUUGAUCAAGAUGUGGACAAACCUACUAAAAACAAUCAUACUUAUUGGUUCCUUGGCAGGAGGUGUGAUUUCUAUGCAGGUCACAUGUCCAGAGAAGAUGGUUAAUGGAACUGUAGGACAAAGCAUUACACUCUACUGCAAUUAUGAAACCAGUUUACCGAUAGCCGAUGGUCUUGUAAUUCGAUGGUCCUUUUAUACUAGACAAGUUCCUCGUCCUAAGCUAUUCUACACAUACCAGAUGGGAAAUUGGUUUCCUAGUGAGGUACCGGAAGGCAAAUACGAAGGCACAACUGCAGCUACUGCAAAAAACGCUUCAAUAAUCAUCAGAAAUGCAGAGACUGAAGACACUGGAAUGUAUACCUGUGAAGUAACCAAUGUUCCAGAUGUGAGUGGAACCAUAUCAGCAAAUGUGUUUGCUUAUAUAAGAGGAAAGCCAACUAAGACCACAUGUAUCAAACAGGUAGAGAACCAUGAAGAUUAUCAUUGGGUAUUCUUAAGCUGUUCUUCCAAAGCAAUGCCUCCCCCCACUUAUGAAUGGCAGUGGAAAUCCAGUGGUGGCAGCUAUCAUGAUGUAGAAGGAGAAAUGAAUAACAGAACUGGUAUCCUGAAUAUUACUAAUCCCAUGAACAUGAAGACAGGGAUUUACAGAUGCACUGCUCGCAAUGAAAUGGGAGAAGAUGUAUGCGACUAUGAAGAAAAGGAGGACAAAGAAACAUCAUCUUCAUCCACUGCUUCAUCCACUGCUAUCAUUAUUGGAGUUGUCAUUGCAAUCAUCUUACUGUUAGUAGUGACAGGUGUCACUGUGUGGUUUGUCCUUUACAAGAAGAAGGAGGAGGGCAAAUCUACAAAGACAACUGCAAAAUCCAAGAGUGCUGGUUCAUACAAGGCAGUAGCAGCAGAUUCAAACUACUCAACAGUUGCCAGUCAGGAAGCAUUUCCUAGCACGAUAAAUACAACAGAAGUGGAAGUGAGUGAAGAAAGCGCUGCAUACAAUAAGAAAACGGCAACACCACCUCCAACUGAAAGGACAAGUAUUGAAUUACAAGUGUAGCUGUAAAGGUGUAUUAUCUGGUAGUCAAAGCUGAUAUAAAGGUUCAGUUGUUAGAUACCAUGUUUUUUACCAGUGAACGGAUUGAUUACAUUUUUUUUCUGAAUAUCAUAUGAAUCACUGUGAAUAUGCAGACUGGGAUUUGUUUGUUUGCUUAGACAUGUUUGUAAAUCAUUAUUAGAAUGGAAUGACUGUAAAUAUUCUGAUACGCUGAACUUGUUUAACACAAAUACAAUUGAUAUGCUAUAAUGUAAGACAGAACAAACAAAAGAUUAUUCCUAAAAUAUAAAACAAUUUGAAUUGAUUCAUGUUUGGUGGCUGAAGGCAUGACUAAUCAUUUAUGUCUCAUAUCUUAAGAUCUAUGUUAUUUUAGUCUUUACACUGUAACAGACUUAGAAAUAAAAAAAGUAUCUGUAUACUUUAUGAAACAGUUUGGGUUAAGAAUUAAAUUAUUCUAUGGUAGUGUCCGAUGCCUAAAUAAUCCUUGUUAUAAAACCAGUCACUGUUCUAAGUUAAGCAAUAUAUUCUCUACUGCCUCUGAUUACCUUGUAAUGGAUUUUUUUUUAUUGAAACAAUUGUAAGCUUUAUUGCAUUUCACAGUAAAAUUACUGCAGAGGCUGCAUUGUAAACACUCUACAAAAAGUAUAAAAUUGUGUUGAUACAUUAGUUGCUUGAAAUACAGAUAAAUGCUAUUGAGUAUUGAGACAAGAAAACUAGUGAAGUCUACUCAUUCAGCCUGUCUAAGAACAUAUGCAGAGACCAUGUAGCAGACUGCAUCCCAUGUUCUUUCAGCAAUGUUGAUAACUGAGAAGUGGGAUUUUCUGAAAUAUGAGUUCUCCAAAAUCUCAAUUUUAAUUGAAAUCACUAUUAAAUUAAUGCCAUUAGGGUUGCCACCUGUCCCUCUUUGUGAGGGACAGUCCCUCUUUUGGCAGCUGUGUCCUGCUGAAAAAACUAAAAAAUUGCAAAUGACCUGAGAUCUUAGGACAAAAAUAUUGUCUAGGUUUUUUUAAUAGUUCCAUAAAUCGGUUAUUUUGUAUUUCAAGCACCUAAAUGCUCUAAGAAAUAGUGUAAACAACUUAAAUACUACACAAAUAAGUUUGUGUUUUGGAAGGGAAGUUCUGCCCUUUACAUUGGCCAUGGAUAUGUUUUGUACUGCAAAAUUUCACAUUUCUACAAAAAAUGUCCCACUUUGUGCAUUUGAAAAGGUGGCAACCCUAAAUGCCAUUGCUAGCUAGAGACAUGUGAUUUGAGUUAUUAUGUCUUCCAAAAUGCAAAUGCCUUUCUUGAGGUACUAAAAAAUCAAAGUUACUAUAUUAAGUUGCAUCAGUGCACAUAGCUUAGAUCCUUAGGAGGUAGAUGAAUGGGACAGUGCUCCCUCAGUCACAAUGCAUUAAUCUGACAGAGGCUAAUACUGGAGUAAUAAAAAAAAGUUUGCUUACAGUGCAUACCAAUUCUGACCUAUAAUCUUUGUAGGAAGACCAUUCA